UUGCAGCAUUGACCUUGCUAUUAUGGUUGAUGCCAGUCAAACUGUGUCUGAACAGUCCAAAGCUGUAAUUGUUGAAGGUGUUGAGAGGAUUGUAAAGAGAUUAAAUCUGGAAAAGGUUGGUUUAGUUGUGUACAGUGGUGAUAUAAUGGAGAAGGUCACAUUUGAAAACUCUGCAGAUACCAGUGUAGAUGAAGCACUUAAAGCAUUUGAAGCAGCAAUGGCACUUGAGGGUGCUGGCUAUAAAAAUAUGAUCCUACCCACUAACAAAUCACAUACCAUGCAUUUAGAAUUAUCUAAGAAUGAGAUGGAUUACUACAGAGCCCCAAGUAUAAUUCUCAAUAUUGGAGAUGGAGCAAUUAAUGCUAAAAAGAGAGGAAAAACAUUUGGUGCUUUUAAUCAAGCAAAGGACGAUUCAAUAACAUUCUUUGCUCUGGAAACAGCCAAUAUGAAAGACCCAGAGAAUGCAUUUGGCCACACUGUGCUAGAAUCUAUGGUGGAAGAACUUGAUGAAAAUGAACAAAAUAAAGGGAAAUACAGGCUAGUGGAUGCAAAAGAUGAUGAUUUGGCUAGUUAUGAAGAAAUGGCUGAUAAAAUCAUGAAAUACGUUGUCAGUGUUUGGAAUUUAGACCCAGCUGUGCAGAGGGGUAUUGCUAAAUGUGAACCACCAAUGACUUACACUCUUGAUGGAGAUUGGAUUCCACCUCAAGAGGACGAAUGGAACGACUGGACAGUUGGUAUUUGUGACAAACCUUGUGGUGGAGGUAAACGAACAGACACAAGGGAUUGCAAUGGUCUUAACUGUGUUGGAGAUGAUGUCCGUGUAUCUGAUUGUAAUACAGAACCAUGUGAGCCAGUAGAGCCAGUGUAUUCUGAAUGGUUUGAAGAUCAGGAAUGUGACAGGAGAUGCGGCACUGGAAAAAGGACUUUGAUUCGUUUUUGUAUCUCUGGCUGUGUUGGGGAUGAACGACGUGAUGAAGAAUGCAAUACUGAUCCUUGCCCAACUACUGGACCUGACUGGUCGGAUUGGACAAUUAGUGAACCCUGUAGUAAAACUUGUGGAGGGGGAGUACUGUUAGAAACACGUAUCUGUUUCACAGGAGAUUGUGCUGGAGGCUCUAGGAGAACAGAAACUUGUAACACAGAGCCUUGCCCAGUGAUUCCUCCUAUUGGCCAGGCUACAAGCUCUUAUCGCCCUGAUGGAACUGGACUCUUAGAUGCAUCUGGAAGUACAGAUCCUGAUGGCAGUAUUGUUAAUUACAAAUGGAUUUUGAUAGGGGGUCCACCUGAUGGUGUUUCAAUAGUACCAAGUCAAGGCAACAACCCCAAGUCAGAGGUGUAUGGUCUUAAACCUUAUCAAGAAUAUGAGUUUUCAUUGGUUGUCGUAGACGAUGAUGGAGAAGAAUCAGUGCCAGUUAAGACAAGACUAUAUUUGAGUCCUCCCCAAGCCAAAGCUACAAGUGAAUAUGUACCAAACUCAAAUGGAAAAGCAACACUUGAUGGAAGUGGAAGCAUUGAUAAUGGUGUAGUAGUUGAUUACAAAUGGAAUGUACCCUCUGGUCUAGUCUUAAACCACCCAGAUAGUAGCAGUCCCUUUGCAACUGUCACUGGCAUUCAACCUGGCACAGACUACACAUUCAAUUUACUUGUAAGAGAUGAUGAUGGCUUGGUAUCUGAACCUGUUGAGACUAACCUUAGAGUUGAGCAGCCUGUGGCAGUACCAGAGGUGGAGUACACUGGAGAUGGUAAUGGAAUACUGAAAGGAGGAGCUAGUUUUGAUCCAGAUGGAACCAUUGAAGCAUACCAGUGGAAUGGUCCCCCUGGUGUGACAAUUACUCCCAUUGGGGAUGGUAGCUCUGGUAGUGUAAGUGGAAUCAAACCUGAUAUAACUUACCAGUUCUCUCUACAAGUUAAGGACAAUGAUGGGAUUACAUCUGAGCCAGUCACUACUAGCCUAUUAGUGCAACCUCCAAAAGCCGUGGCAAGUAGUAGCUAUACUGGCAAUGGUAAUGGAAAAUUGAGUGCUGAAGGGAGUGAAGAUGUUGAUGGUUCAGUCGUAGAAUAUAGAUGGAGUGGACCCCCUUAUGCUACUAUUACUCCAAGAAGUGGCAAGACACCAGAAGUAUCUGGCUUGAAGCCUGAUGUAAGACAGGAGUUCACUGUGGUUGCCAUAGAUAAUGAUGGUCUAGAAUCUGCACCAGCAAAAACUACAAUAUAUGUCCAGUCUCCCACUGCUGUAGCCACCAGUGAAUAUAUACCAGGAUCAGAUGGAAAAGCAGUACUUGAUGGAAGUGCAAGUUCAGAUCCAGAUGGCACAAUUGUGUCCUAUGAAUGGCGAAAUGUUGGCCCCUCUGGCCCUGUGAUUAUGUCUAGAGGUCCUGGGAAUCCUCUGGGAGAUGUCUCUGGACUAGAGCCAGGUGUUAAGUAUGUCUUUGAGCUAGUUACAACAGACAAUGAGGGCCUUAAGUCAUCCCCUGCAACAACAACAAUCAAAGUGGAAUCCCCUAAAGCUGUAGCCACCGGCGAAUACAUACCAGGCUCAAACGGAAGAGCAAGAUUUGAUGGCCAAGGAAGUUCUGAUGACCGACAAAUUGUAUCUUAUGAAUGGAGAAACAUUGGUACCCCUGGCCUGGUUAUUGAAGAUCCUACCAGCGCAGUGACAGAUGUAAGCAAUGUAGAGCCAGGAGUUCCAUACAAGGUAGAAUUGCUGGUAACUGAUGAUGAUGGGUUAACAUCAACUACUCAGUUUGAUCUGAAAGUUGAAAGACCUGUAGCUGUGGCUGAUGCAGAUUUUAUUGGAGAUGGCGAGGGGACUCUUAGUGCAGAAGAUAGCUUUGAUCCCGAUGGAAAUGUUGUAUCAUAUGAAUGGAGUGGUCCUGAUGGUGUACAGAUAAUCCCAAAUGGUAAUGGUCGCACUGGUACAGUACGUGGUGUGACUGAAGGAACAUAUGAAUUCAGCCUGGUUGUCACAGAUGAUGAUGGACUUAAAUCUGAACCAGUUACUGUGGAGAUGGCAUUAAAUCGUCCAAAAGCCAAAGCAACAAGUUCAUACACUACGAAUGGGGAAGGAUUUGUAGAUGGCAGCCAAAGUCACGACAUUGAAAAGGAUGGAGAGAUUGUCCGUUACAUAUGGAGUAAUCCUGACUUGACAUUCACACCACUUGGAGAUGGCAGCCCAAUAGCAGCCGUGUCAGGCAUUGAACCUGAUGUCAACUAUGAGAUCACCCUCGUUGUGGAAGAUAAAGAUGGACUGCAAUCUCUACCUGCAAAAACUAACAUCUAUGUCCAACCCCCCACUGCUGUAGCCACCAGUGAAUACAUACCAGGAUCAGGGGGAAGAGCAGUGCUUGAUGGAAGUGCAAGUUCAGAUCCAGAUGGCACAAUUGUGUCUUAUGAUUGGGAGUACACUGGACCUCCUGGAGUUUCAAUAAGCCCCAGAGGUAAUGGUGCCAUGGGAGAUGUAACUGGAUUACAACCUGACAAUACAUAUGUCUUCACCUUGGUAACCACAGACAACAAUGACCUCAAGUCAAACGUGGCAACAACUGAAAUAACAUUGAUAUCUCCUGUGGCUGAUGCCCAGAGUGAGUAUGCUGAAGGAGGAAAAGCAACACUAGAUGCCACCAACAGUUUUGACACUGAUAGUAACAAAGGAGAGUUGAUGUUUGAAUGGACGCAAGUGAGUGGACCAAGAGACGCCUUGAUAAACCCAACUGGUAAGAGCAGUAGUCCCAUCGCAGAUGUCACUGGAAUACAACCUGAUGAAGAAUACGUCUUCCAAGUGGAAGUUACAGAUAAACAUGGCCUUACAUCUACGGACACAACUUCAGUUAAAGUAUCCAAGCCUAUGGCCAUAGCAACAGGGGAGUAUGAUGAUGGUGUUGGGAAGUUGAAUGGGGAAGCAAGCUAUGACGAUGAUAACAACAUAAUCAGAUAUAAAUGGAGUUCACCAGAAGGCUAUCAGAUCACACAGUCAGACCCCAGUGAUCCUAAUGCUGUUGUUGACAUCCCAGUGGCCUCUAAACGCAUGUUUUACAUGAGCGUUACAGAUGAUACUGGUCUUCAAUCAGACACUGUUGAAGUUGAGCUUGCAGGCCCUCCAUCUGCAAUUAUUGGAGUGGAGAAGGAUCCAGACACUCCAAAUAAGGUGACCCUUGAUGGUACAGAAAGUAAGCUGCCUCCUGGCAACAACAAUGCACAAUACAAAUGGGAGGUUGUAUCAUCUCCACCAGGUGCACCUAAAGGACAGUUUGACAAUGCAUUUUCUCCCAAGCCUGAGCUGUCUAACCUCGUUGAAGGCAACUAUGUUGUACAGCUAACUGUCACUGACCCAGAUACAGGCCUUACAGCAGUAGAUACCACUGAAAUUCGUGUAGCAAAGACAACUGACCCUGUAGCUGUAGCAGAGGGGCAAUACAUAAAAGAUGGUAAGGGUAUGCUAUCUGGAAUAAAGAGCUAUGAUGAGGAUAAAGAUGGGCGAAUAGUCAAGUAUACAUGGAGUGUGGCCUCUGGUGAUGGCACAGAGGAUGUAAGAGUUUUUGAGACAAAGGCACUUGGAGUGGCUGAAGUGUAUGGUAUCAAGCCUGCAACAACUGCUCAGUUCACCCUUGUGGUAGAAGACAACACUGGUGCCCUCUCACAAGAGGCUAAAACAGAGAUUUCAGGUCCUCCUAUAGCCAAGGCUGUGCCAUCAUUUGAGACAGGAGUACCUGUGAUAGAUGCUUCCAACAGCCUGUUGCCACCUGGUCACACUGGCCUGUACAGGAUUGAACAACUCGAUGGACCCACUACUGCUAAUAUUGCUGAUCCACAAUCUCCAGUGACAGAAGUGGAAAAUCUUGUGCCAGGGGUGUACUCUUUCCGAGUCACUGUUACUGAUGAGCAAACUGGACUUGUAGACUGGACAACUGUACAGAUUACUGUCUCUCGUGAUGGAGGUUGGAGUGAAUGGGUCGUGGGAGACUGCUCUGUGACAUGUGGAGGAGGUAGUAGAACAAACACUCGUCAAUGCAACAACC